GGGAAUCAAAGUGGUGUGGUGCAUAAAUACAGGCAAAUCUCCUCCACAGCCUUCUGAAUGCUAGAGAGGAGGAACCGAAGUGGACAUUGGCAGGAGGCGACCGGAGCACUCAAAGCUCUACAGAGACAAAGAGGAGCAACCAAAGCAAUGUCGCUGGCAGGGGUAAGCUGCCUGGUGACCGGCGCGGGAGGGUUCCUUGGCCAGAGGAUCGUUUGCUUACUGCUGGAAGAAGAUGAGGCGCUGGCUGAGAUCCGGUUGCUGGACAAAGCCUUCAGCAGGGAGGCACUCUGGAGUUUUGGAAAGUUCCAGGGCAAGACCGAGGUGAAAAUCCUGGAAGGGGACAUCCGAGAUGUGCAGUUCCUGCACCGUGCCUGUCAGGGAGUCUCGCUCGUCAUCCACACAGCAUCUAUCAUCGAUACCCUGGGCCUCGUGGAGAAACAGCUGCUCUGGGAAGUCAACGUGACAGCCCUCCUCCGAUUCCCAUCGAAUGGUGGAUGAACUCCCAUUGGGUGCAGUUUUGAAGCAAACCAUCAGGUCCCACUUAAUUCUGCCUCUGCUUAGGAAACCACCCAUGAGCAUCCUUAAGCCUGAAAACCAAAGUAUUCAGCAUACGCCAUAGAAAACUGAUGAAAUGGAGACUUGUGAGGGUUUCCAGCCUUAGGCCGAUCCAAUCCACAGGGACAAGAC